AUGAAUGCUAGAUUUCUAUCUCUCCCUCUUCUUGCUCUUGUUCUCUUCUUAAUUCCAUCUCCCACAUUUGCACACCGAACACCACAUAACAAACCCAAACCGCAACCGCCCCCGUCAGACAUUCCGCCAAUCGACCCGAACCCACAGACUCCACCGGUAGACCCGAACCCACAGACUCCACCGGUCGACCCCAACCAAAAACCUCCACCGGUCGACCCCAACCAAAAACCUCCACCGGUCGACCCCAAACCAAAGACUCCACCGGUCGACCCGAACCCCAAGACUCCACCGGUCGACCCCAACCCAAAGACUCCACCGGUCGACCCCAACCCCAAGACUCCACCGGUCGACCCCAACCCAAAGACUCCACCGGUCGACCCCAACCCCAAGACUCCACCGGUCGACCCCAACCCAAAGACGCCACCGGUUGACCCGAACCCCAAGACUCCACCGGUCGACCCCAACCCAAAGACGCCACCGGUCGACCCCAACCAAAACCCUCCACCACCAGAGGACCCAAAGAAAAAGUCUCCACCACCACAGGACCCCAAGAAAAAGACUCCCCCACCGCAGGAUCCGAACCAAAAGCCCCCGCCAACGGAGCCGGACCAAAAGCCCCCACCGACAGAACCGAACCAAAAGCCUCCACCAACGAAACCAGACCAAAAGCCGCCACCGACAGAACCAAACCAAAAACCUCCACCAACAGAACCGAACCAGAAGCCUCCACCGACGAACCCGAACCCAAACUCACCACCGGAACCGCCACAAAAACCCUGCCCAUUCCAAGAUCGCUACAAAGGCCAUUUCACCGCCGUCUAUGCUUUCGGAGACUCGUACACAGACACGGGAAACGCCCAAUACAUGGGUGGUCUCACUUUGUCGUUCUCGGGUUCGUUGAGCUCACCCUAUGGUUCCACCACAUUCGGCAAGACCUCCAACCGGUUAUGCGAUGGUCGUCUAGUUCUCGAUUUCGUGACCGACUCCCUAGGCUUACCGACCUUACCCCCAUACCAAUCAACCUCCUCUAACUUCACCAAUGGUGUGAACUUCGCCGUUGCCGGUUCCACGUCUCUAGCCGGUGACAUGAUAUCUAAAAUCGUUCGACAUUUUCUUUGGAAAGGCUCGCUCCUAGGUGUAUGGACUCAAAUCGAUUGGUUCCAAAAGUACCAAAGAUCUCAUAUAUGUAUGGGACUCGACCCGAAAGCAUGCGCUAACAAACUCAGCACUUCGUUGUUUUGGAUCGGGGACAUCGGAAUCACCGACUAUUCACGUGCAGCCGGAUCAACACUUUCGCUUAGUAACAUAGCCAAGUCAUCGGUCGGGUAUACCAUUCAAAUUUUGCGGACACUAAUACGAGCCGGAGCAAAGAACAUAGUCGUUCAAGGCUUACCACCGGUCGGAUGUCUUCCAAUCGACGCCUCGAUAUGUCCCUUGAGACAACUCGAUAAAAUCGGUUGUUCCACGAUCAUAAACGGAGGGAUAAUCAUCCACAACGAUAUCCUGAAACACAAAUUGAACCUUUACCGAAAGUUAUUCCCAGAUACGAACAUCAUAUACGCAGAUUAUUGGAACGCAUAUUACGCAAUCGUAGACAACCCACAGAAAUACCAAUUUCAAGAGGUUCAUAAAACUUGUUGUGGAGCUGCUAGCGGCAAAUCAGGCAACUUGAAUUUCAAUCUUCAAUCACUGUGCGGUUCUUCGGGUACUUCCGUAUGCAAUGAUCCGAGCAAAUACAUCAAUUGGGACGGAAUUCAUACCACCGAGGCUAUGAACCUUCAAGUAACCGAUCUUUUACUAAAUCAAGGGUAUUGUCAGCCAUCGUUUGAACAAGUCGUGAAAAAGACCACCAUCGUUGUGACGGAGACCACCACGAAAACCACCUCAUGAACCCCGGUUCAUGAUUUAACAGGAUUAUGCACCCCGAAUUGUAAAAUUCCGAGGGUUUAGAUAGUUGUACAGUGAAAUAUGUAUAGUAUAAUAUAUAGUUAGUAAGAUAACAAUACAGAUCAGGUUCAGGAGAAAACCGCAAAAAAAUGAAAAACUAAUGAGCAUUCCGAUAACCGUUCAUCUAGACGAUAUGCACAUGUGGAUACAAGUAAUUUGCAAGCAAUUUCUCCACA